AUGGUGUGUCAAAGCCACAGGUUCGUGGAGCUGCAGGAGAUUCUUACCAACGCAGCUAGGUGGUGGGAGCCCUUCUCCAUGGAUGGCGUUCAGUACCUCGCAGUGGCCAAUGACUUCGAUGGCAGCUCUGUCAAUAUUGACUCCAAGAUUUACCGGUGGGACGACGCCAGAAGCGUCUUCUUGGAGAUGCAGAGCAUUCCCACCAAAGCCGCCCAAGGUAUCACAGCCUUCGCCAUGAAUGGGAUUCAGCACCUUGCAGUGGCAAAUCACCAUGAUGGCAGCUCUUCCAAUGUUGACUCUAAGCUUUACAGGUGGGACGACGCCAACAGCACCUUCUUCGAGAUGCAGAGCAUUCCCACCAAAGGCGCGACCGACAUCACAGCCUUCUCAAUGAAUGGGAUUCAGCACCUUGCAGUGGCAAAUCACUAUGAUGACUCUAAGCUUUACAGGUGGGACGACGCCAACAGCACCUUCUUCGAGAUGCAGAGCAUUCCCACCAAAGGCGCGACCGGUGUCACAGCCUUCUCAAUGAAUGGCAUUCAGCACCUCGCAGUGGCCAAUUACGUCGAUGACAGUGGCUCUCUCAACAUUGACUCCAAGAUUUACAGGUGGGACGAUGCCAAAAGCACCUUCUUGGAGAUGCAGAGCGUUCCCACCAAAGGCGCUCGCUGUAUCAUACCCUUCUCAAUGAAUGGCAUUCAGCACCUCGCAGUGGCCAAUUUCCAGGAUAGCACGGGCUCUGGCAAUAUUGACUCUGAGGUUUACAGGUGGGACGAUGCCAGAAGCGUCUUCUUGGGGAUGCAGAGUAUUCCCACCAAAGGCGCGUUCAGUUUCACAGCCUUCUCUAUGGAUGGCAUUCAGCACCUCGUCGUGGCCUCUUACAGUAGUGACUCUGAGGUUUACAGGUGGGACGAUGCCAGCAGCACGUUCUUGGAGAUGCAGAGCAUUCCCACCAAAGGCGCCCACGGUUGGGCAGCCUUCGCCAUGAAUGGCAUUCAGCACCUCGCAGUGGCCAAUUCCGUCGAUGGCGGUUCGUACACCACCUACUCCAAGGUCUACAUAUGGGCGACCAGCACCACCACCACCUCCACGAUCACUAGCACAACCACCAUCACCACAACACGCACCGAGGCUCCCUCUGUCCUGGCAGCAACUGACUUUGCUUUCGAGGAUGUAAGAUCCUGGUCAUUGGCCGCCCUGGGCGGCUACCUGGUUGCUUUGUCGGUGCCCAUCUUCAUGGCCAAGAUGUGCGAACAAGCCGGUUCGCGAGCGCGUCAAUCCAUCGGAGAAUCGCAGAUCGUCGGAAGUUCCAUUGAAGAAGCUGCAGAAGAUCCGGGUAUACUGCCAGGUUCAGUAGUGCAAGCGGAUGCAGCGUCAGCAACCGAAGCAGUUCCUGGAACUGAAGCCACGCAGUCCGAAGGAACGCCCUUAGCUCAAGCUCAAGGUCAAGCUGCUCCGCAGAAGUUCCUCCCGAGUCUCGGUCUUCCCAAAACAUUUACCGGGGCUCGGCAAAUCAUGAACAAGUCUCCAUACAUCCUGGCAGUGAAGAUGCUUCUGGAGUCCGGGAACCUGCUUUCAACGAUGCUCUAUGCCAUGGAAGCACAUCAGCGGGCAAUCUUGGUUGGCUUUUCAGCACAGUGUGGAGAAGGCACCUUGAUGCCCUUGAAGAUCUCGGAGUGUCGGUCUUGGGCCGAGACAGCAGAGCUGGCAGAGCUUCCAGCUUGUGCUGCCUUUCUGGGCGUGAACGCUCUGUGCGAAGCAGAUGCAGAGGCAGACGACGGAAGCUGCAUGGUGCCCAAGGAGUUGGACAAUUGUGGCGAUUUUGAUGUGUACAAGAUGCAACAGCUAGCCUGUGGAGCGAUCGGUUGCAAAGCUCUAAGCCACAUUCUCUGGAUAGCUGCUCUGAUGUCGUUCGGCGCAACCGUUGCUUGGAACGCCGGCUUCUAUGCUCGUAGCCUUCACAGACUACAGCGAGAGGAGGCCCGGCGGCUGUGCAUCAGAUUCAAAGCCCUGUUUGCCUUCCUUGCCGUCUUGCUGGUGACCACCACGCUCGUUGGAUUUGCUGGUGGCAGUGGGGCAGUCUUGGCAAUGGCCUUGCUGUGCCCUUUGCUGCCGGUGUGUGCUUGGGUGCUGGCCGCAUGGCUCGCUUCCUUGCCGACGAAAGGCAAAGAGGCGAUCGUGAACCAAGCGGCAGCCCUGGAGCUUCCAAUAUUCAAUGUGUUCGUCGCUCUGAAUUUGUCAGAGAAGGACGUCGAAGCACUCAAUUCCUUCCGCAUCCCGCUUAACAUGGGACUUCGAGUCAUGGAGGACGUGCCAGAGCUCAUCAUUGGCCUCCUUGACUUGGUCUACUUCGGUGGAUCCUGGUACGCGUGGUUCGGAAUCUUGAUGUCCAUGGCGAUGCUUGUGUUCGAUUUGCUCCUGAGUGCCCUGCUACAGUGCCAACAGUCCGCAAUGAAGAUUGCACGGAAGACGGUGGACACGGAGUGA